AUGUCUACUUCAUCACUGUUAUACAUUUAUUUAUUGUUCGCUUUUUUCUCAAAAGCGUAUGGUCUGGGAUGUAUGGGAAGAAUAUGUCAAAGUGAUGAAACAAACAAACUGAUUAAAUGCGAUGGCGAAUUUUGUGGUCAUUACAAAAGUAAAAGACGUGAUGGAUUAUUACUUGAAGCGGUUGAUAUAGAAUGUUCACCACAAAGUGAAGUUUAUGCGCCAUUUGAUGGUGAUCUUUACUUCUGGAAACCAUUUGGUAACCACGUAAAUUACGAAUGCGCUGAUGAAGGUGUACGAAUUGAAGGAAUAGGUCAAUGGCAAGGCUAUCAUGUAUUGAUCGCAUCGAUAACAUUAGAUGUUUUUGGUGGAAGAGUUAAAAAAGGUGAACGAAUUGGAAUUGCAAAAGAUCAUCGAUGCAUAUAUGCGGAUGAUGACGGUGAUCCAUUUGUUAGAUUACAAUUGUUUAAACAAGGACGACCAAUUGAUCCAACAUUUCAUCUUUGGAAUUGUAUGUGUACUGGUCAAAUUUGUGAAUCAAAUCCUAAAAAUGAAUUAUUAGGUUUGCCAUUCAAAUAUGACAGUCGAUAUAAUGCAGUACGUGGUUGGGAUAUUAAAUGUCCAAAAAUACGGGGCGAUGAUGAAGAGGAAAUGCGUGUUCCAGAUAUUUAUUCACCAAUUGAUGCUAAAAUUAUUGGAAGAAGUCGCUUAUAUGCUAUUCAGGGUGUUUAUACUGGUUGUGAUAAUAAUGGUGUGGUAUUGAUUGGUACUGGUGAUUGGACUGAUUAUGAAGUUGUGCUAUAUAAUGUUCGUUAUCGAGAUGGACUAUUAGGAUCACAACAUGUCCUACAAGGUGAACCAAUUGCAACACGACUUGACUGUGAAGACUCACCUGAUUCAGUAUUCAUGGAGGUUCGUUAUCGCGGUGUUGUUGUGGACAUAAGCGAAUUAAUCUCAGCAAAACGUUGUCGUAUGCCAGAUUUUACACCUAAAUAA